ACACACAACACUGCAAUCUAGCUGUAUUAUUUAUACACCAAAUUCAUUUCAAAGUAGAUAUUAAAUCUUAGUAUACAAUUAAUUAGAAUACCCAGAGAUAAUUAAUUAAUGGCAGGUAAGAUGAUGGCGGUGAAGUCGGUUGCAUGCAUGGCCAUUUUGUGCAUGCUUGUGGUAGCGCCGUCGGCGGAGGCGGCGCUGACGUGCGGCACCGUUAUCUCAAAGCUCGCUCCAUGCGUUUCUUAUGUCAAGGGGGCUGGUGCGGCGCCUCCGCCUGGAGCUUGCUGUGCUGCCAUAAAGGCCUUAAGUGCCGCAGCUACAACCACCGCCGACCGCCAGGCUGCCUGCAAUUGUUUGAAAUCUGCUGCUAAAGCCUAUACCGGCGGUCAGCUCAGUCGCAUCUCCUCAGUUCCCGGCAAGUGCAACGUCAACAUUGGCUACGCUCUCAGCACCAGCACUAACUGUGCCAGUAUUAAAUGAGCUAGCUGAUGCAAGGAGAUAGGGGUUGGAAGUGGUUUUCAUCGUUCCUUGUCAAUACCAUGGUCAAUCUAUACUAUCUAUAUUUGAAUGUUUACAAUGUUUUUAAUAAUUUAAGCAUAUAUAUGUACGGAGUAUGUUUUUAUUUUAUCUUAUGAGAAAUAAAAGAGGCCGGAUUUAUCGUCCCCUUAGGGAUGCCGCCCUUUAUUAGUUUGUUUUACGUCCCCCUGGCUUACAGUUUAUCUAUUGUUGUUUGUUUGUUCAUGAUAAUUUGAAACAUUUGAGCCUUAUAGUUGUACUAGUUCUAUAACGCACGAUGCGCGAGGGAAAAAUGCCCAAUGUUAUUUUAACAAGAUUAACAUAAUGUGAAUGUUAAUGAUUAAUAUAUUUAAAAUUAAGUUAUGUGAAGUUGCAAACAAGAUUAGUUUUAUGCAUAUUUUCCCACAUAACAGAUGAUUAAAAUGGGGCGUGAGCAUCUCUUUUCCCAUAAGCCUGACAAGGAUCGUUCCAAAACGCCCUAUAAGAAUGUAAUAUCAAUAAUGUGGUAAUAAACAAUCUAAGAAAGGGUGGGCAUGAUGAUUAGGUUUAUAGGGCCUAGCUAGAACAUGUACACCAUUUUGAUGUUUGAAUCCAAUAGCACUAAACAUCUGAAGUACGAUAUCGACAGUGGAUGAGCUAGGGACCAUGGGGGUACCCGCCCCCCGCUUCGGGCAAAAAAAAAUUCUCACUUUCCUUUUUUGUUCUUAACGAAAAAAAAUUCCAAUUUCUAAAUCUUCUCGUCAUACCCUCAAUAAUUUUGAAAAUAAAACACUAUUACAACUACUUUUUUGGAUUUGUCCUUCAUUCUAUCACAUUAUUCCACUAUUUUCC